CCUGUGCCUGAGAGUGACCCCACCUCAAUUUACUACCCAGUCUUGGGGAGGGUGUGGAGACUUCAGGGGCUGUGUGGGAUGUGUAGGCCUAGGGUCAGGGGACAGUGUGAGGCUGGAUUUACAAUAUGGCAAAGUCAAGGAUCAGUCUGUUUAGAUAUGAGUGGCCAGAUAGGUGUUCCACACAAGCCACCAGCCUUCCUUUCUGGGGUGUCCUGACUAUCUGGCCUACUGUCCCUACUGCCCAAAUGGGGGAAAUUGAGGCCCAGGGAGGGAGGGUCGCGGCCCCAGGUCAUGCUCUGACACCAUACCCUCCUUUUCCUCUCAGCACUCGCCUGCGUCCUCCCUCUCAACCUCCAACCUCCCUUCCCUCCUGAAUCUAUUCUGACACGCCCCGCCCCCAAGAACAACCGAGGCUCCACCCCGGAUCACGCUAAUGAGACACUUCGAGACCCCGCCCCACGGGUUAUGCAAAUGAUGUUCCCGGAGGCCCCGCCCCUCGCCCCGCCGCUGAGUCUGCGCGGCUCAGCCGGGCCGGCAGGCAGCAUCUCCAUCUCUGCGUUGGCCCGCUCGCCAGCCCUCUGUCUGUCAGUCCGUCCCGCCGCGCCGGGGCCGUCUAGGCGGAGCCGGGGCUCAGGCGGAGGCAGUCUCGACCCGGUGAGGGAGCAAGCCACUGGAUGGGGCACUGGACUCAGAGUGCCUACCCUCGCCUGCCUGGGCCUCCAUUUCCACAUCUGUGCAAUGGGGGUGACUAUCUCUGCCCUGCUGGCCACCAGGAGCGGCUGCCCAGCCUUAACCAUGGCGGGAGGGAGACCUCAGCUGAAGAGGAGCUUCUCCAUUAUUCCCUGCUUUGUCUUCGUGGAGUCGGUGCUGCUGGGCAUCGUGGUCCUGCUUGCUUACCGCCUGGAGUUCACGGACACCUUCCCAGUGCACACCCAGGGCUUCUUCUGCUAUGACAGUACAUACGCCAAGCCCUACCCGGGACCUGAGGCUGCCAGCAGAGUGCCUCCGGCACUGGUCUACGCGCUGGUCACCGCUGGGCCCACACUUACAAUCCUGCUGGGGGAGCUGGCGCGUGCCUUUUUCCCCACACCGCCCUCAGCCAUCCCUAUCAUUGGGGAGAGCACCAUCGUGUCCGGGGCCUGCUGCCGCUUUAGCCCCCCGCUGCGGAGGCUGGUCCGCUUUCUGGGGGUCUACUCUUUCGGUCUCUUCACCACAACCAUCUUCGCCAAUGCGGGGCAGGUGGUGACCGGCAACCCCACGCCGCACUUCCUGUCCGUGUGCCGCCCCAACUACACGGCCCUGGGCUGUCUGCCACCGUCACCGGACCGACCAGGGCCCGACCGUUUCGUCACUGACCAAGGCGCCUGCGCGGGCAGCCCCAGCCUGGUGGCCGCUGCGCGCCGAGCUUUCCCUUGCAAGGACGCUGCCCUUUGCGCCUACGCCGUCACCUACACAGCGAUGUACGUGACACUUGUGUUCCGUGUGAAGGGCUCCCGCCUGGUCAAACCCUCACUCUGCCUGGCCCUGCUGUGCCCCGCCUUCCUGGUGGGCGUGGUCCGCGUGGCCGAAUAUCGCAACCACUGGUCCGACGUGCUGGCCGGCUUCCUGACCGGGGCGGCGAUCGCCACCUUUCUGGUCACCUGUGUCGUGCACAACUUCCAGAGCCGGCCACCCUCUGGCCGAAGGCUCUCUCCUUGGGAGGACCUGAGCCAAGCCCCCACCAUGGAUAGCCCCCUCGAAAAGUUAAGUGUGGCCCAGGAACCCGAGGCCUGCAGGCCGCAUUCGACACCGGCACGGCUCACCCCAUCCAGUGAGUGUCAAGGGAACGCGGGGAAGUGGGGGGACCUCCAGAUGGCAGUCACUGCCACAGAGGGGGGCCGGUGGGGGGGUGGCCGUGGCCGGAAGCUGCUGCUGCCCACGCCCCUGCUGCGGGACCUGUAUACCCUUAGCGGACUCUAUCCCUCCCCCUUCCACCGGGACAACUUCAGCCCUUAUCUAUUUGCCAGCCGUGACCACCUGCUGUGAGGCCUGACACCCACCCAGAAUCUACCCGGUCCCCAUUUCUCCCCGCCACAUGUGUGUGCGUGUGUUGUGUGAGUGCCAAAGCCCCUGUCCCCAAACCAGCCAGGCCUAGACAUCAGAGGAUGACUGGAAGGACAUCUGAGGAACCCCCUGCCUCUCUUGCCCAAUGGGACAUCUUCCAAGUGGGCAAAAUUGGGUGGGGGGUUCUUGCCUCCUAAGAUUGACCUUUAAGGGCCAAAGCCUCCCCCCGCCAUUGCUCAGCCAAUGGGGGCCCCCCAGUUCUUAGAAUUUUAACCAAAAGGAGUUUACUCCAGCCAAUAGUAGCCUCCCCAUUACUUCUUAGACUCCUCAGGCAAGUGGGCAGCUCCAGCCAGUGUUCAGCGUUUGAACAACCAAUAAGAGUCCUUGGUUCUCAGAAUUUUUAGGGUGGGUGGGUAUGAUUCCAGUCAAUGGGGGACCGCCCAUGUCUAAGCAUAUACAAAGGAGAGGAGGGAGAUGGGGUUAUCCUUUGUCAUUGGGUCCUCUCUCCUCAUAAUCAGAGUCCAGUUGGAGGGUGGGGGGCAGGCUCCCCCAUGGCAGGGUCCUUGGGGUGCCCCUUCUCCUCUCUGCCCCUCCCCCACAUGCAAUCUCUCACCCAGUCCUCUUGACUCCUUACUUAUGCAGGGCUUGCCCCAGUUCAGAGGUUUUGGGUUUCAGGGUGCUGUCUCCCCUUCUCUGUGCCCAGGCCACCUCAAAUCCUUCUGUUAUUUAUUAGGGCUGUGGGAAAGGACUUUUUUCCCCUUAGAACCCAUCCCUGUUCUUCACACUGCCACCUAUGCCUCAGCCUCAUACAGUUGUGCCAUCACAGAGGCAUGAGUGGAGCAGAGAGGGCUCUCCACCCUAGGCAGCCAAAGGCUGUGGGCAGGGGAGACACUGCCCCCCCUUUCCUGCCUGCUCCUCAUCUUUAAUAAAGACCUGUUUGUAACAGAA